AUGUCUUAUGCCUUUUUAAUAGUGGUGUCAGUUGCUAUAACUUUGAAGUUGUUGUUUUUAAGUUUUUCAUUGUACGUAACAUUGAAUAACCAAGAACAUCAGACACAGAAGGAUCCGAAGACGAAAAAUAACAAAACAUGCAUGUCAUUAAAAUGGAAACAAGUUACGCAAGUUUUUCUGUCUAAAACCGCACAUAACAAGAAUAAUACAAACUUCAAACUGAAUUCAUGA